AAGAAUGGCUCGUAUGAGAAUGAAAAAAUUGGAAGAAUAUUUGUCGGGAGUUGAUGGUUUUGAGAAGCCCAAAAUAAAAUUGGAACAGUACCCUACACCACCGCAUAUAGCUAGCUGUGUUUUAUAUAAUAUACAAGCACAAUUUGAGGACUUGGAGGGUAAAUUAGUGGGAGAUCUUGGUGCUGGCUGUGGCAUGUUGAGCAUAGGCUCAUUUCUAUUAGGUGCUCAGCUGACAGUAGGCUUUGAAUUGGAUCCAGAUGCUAUAGAUGUUUUUCGUUAUAAUGUUACGGAAAUGGAAUUGCCCGCCAUUGAUUGUAUACAGGCAAAUGUUUUACAAUUACCCGGCACUAAAUGGGAAAAUUGUUUUGAUACUAUUGUCACCAAUCCACCAUUUGGUACGAAAAAUAAUGUUGGCAUGGAUAUGCGUUUCAUAGAAACUGGCGUGCAUUUGGCCACUACGGCUGUAUAUUCAUUACAUAAAACUUCAACUAGGGACUACAUACUUAAAAAAUCCAAAGAAUGGAAUGUCAAGGGACAAGUCGUAGCCGAACUUAAAUAUAACAUAGAAGCCAGUUAUAAAUUUCAUAAAAACAAAUCUGUAGAUAUUGAAGUUGACUUUUGGCGUUUCGAUGUAACCGAUAAAGAAUUCUAGCUGUAAUUUUGUUAAAUAGAAAAAGUCUCUACAACUAAAUAUAAUUCCAGAAAAGAUAAUUUAUUUUAAAAAAUUUACAAAAAAACAUAAAAAUUAAAAACCUAUAAAGAAUGCAUUUUAAACAAAGCUAAAUAAAAUCUGUUU